AUGAAGUUAUUUAUUGUAUUAGCAUGCAUUGUUGCAGCAACUGUAGCUGAUCACGACAAAAAUGGAAAGCAAUCGAAGAAUCCAGUAUGUUCAAAGGAAUUGACAGUAAAGCCAACUGAUUGUUGUCCAGGAAUGCCAAGUUUAAAAGAACAUUUCGAUAAAUGUGCUCUUCAAUGCAAUCAAUCUGCUUCAGCUGAUCCAUCAGUUACUACUGCAGCUCCAGAAAAACGUGGACGAGGAAGACAUGGCUCUGGAAACAAGCAAUUUUACAAAUGCUUAAUGCCAUGUGUCAUCGAGAGUGCUGGAAUUUUGGGACCUGAUGGUAAUGUCUCAAGUGAUCUUCUUAGUCAGCAAUUGUUGAAUGGAGCUUCCUCUGAAUGGGCUCCAAUUGUUUCAAAUGCUGUGUCAUCAUGCUUUGCUAAUGCUACCGCCAAAGCACAACGUAAGGCUAAAGCUGGCAAGAAUAAGCAAAGUGAAAAACAAUCUUCAAAUGACAAGAAAGCUUGUGACAAAUUAAAUGGAAUGAUCAUGAAAUGUGUCUUCAAAAGCUUACACACUGCAUGCCCAACACCAGUUGAUAGCACUGAAUGUAAGGAAUUGAACGAAAAGAUGGCUCAAUGCCCAUGCGAGCAUGAAGGACGUGGUGAAGGUCGUGCUGCAAAGAAGGGUGGUAAGAAAGAAAAGAAGGAAAAGAAAAAUAAGGGCAAGCAAACUGACGCACCAGUUGAAUCUGAAAUGUAG